UUUUGGGAGAUUGGAGAAAAUGGUGUGGAUGAUUUUGUUCCUCUGCGAUUAAUAUCUAAUAUCUUAUCCCUUUUUAGUUGAAUCUGAACUUGACCUCGAGCUCCAACAAUGGCGGCUGCGACUGCUUCUCUCUUCGCUUCUUCCAAGCAGAUAGCAUCGAUUUCUAAUCGAAUCGCGGGGCCUUCAUGUGAUCAUCAAUGGCGGAUUGCGGCGAACAGGCUUUCAGGGUCUCCUCUGCGGACCAAUAAUCCGUUCAGGAGAAGGGUAGCGAAGACGACGGAGAUUAAGAUAAGAGCCGUUGCAACUACCGUCGAGGAGAUUAAGGAAUGUGCGCUUCCAACGUGGGCCGAAUUCGACUUGGGACGAGCCGCCGUCUACUGGAAGACGAUGAACGGUCUUCUUCCGACAGCUGGAGAGAGAUUGAAGCUGUUCUACAAUCCGGCCGCAACCAAUCUCGCUCCGAAUCUGGAAUUCGGCAUCGCCUUCAACGGAGGUUUCAACCAGCCGAUCAUGUGCGGCGGCGAGCCGCGAGCAAUGCUUCGGAAGAUCCGAGGGAAAGCCGAUCCUCCAAUCUACACCAUCCAAAUAUGCAUCCCCAAGCACGCGACGAGUUUGAUCUUCUCCUUCACAAAUGGAGUCGACUGGGACGGCCCCUACCAGCUCCAGUUUCAGGUCCCAAAAGCCUGGAAGAAUCGGCCCCCUGAAUUCUUCACCACGGUCAAAUAUGCAUUCCCUCCUUUUCAGACAACCACAGACAUUGCUCCCGUCCUGAAUAUUUUCUGUCCGUUUCAGGGCCUCGCCGAGGAGUUGAGCAAAGAAGGCGCCUGCGAACAAGCCAUUUUCCCCGAUACAAAUGUCGUCGCCACCACUUGCGCUAUGGUCGGAAACCUGUCCGUAGAAGGAGGGGAUCGAUGCAGUCUUGAUCUCGUAGCCGGAUGUACUGACCCAAGCUCGCCGCUCUUCAACCCCCUCGCCAACGUUGAUGACGGCUCCUGCCCACUCUCUGAUUCCGAGGAUUAGCUUAGUUCGUAGGUAGAAUUAAGUAAAUAUUGUAUACUGUACAGACUACAAAACAAAUUUCGAUUGCAACAACGUUUACAUUAUUAGUA